GAAUCACGUAUCGUCGUCUACUGCGUUGUUGGAUGGUGACUUGCCGAUUCAGGUCGCUUCGUGUCGGUGGUGCUCUCGGGAACAAUCGGGUUGGUGCGCUGCUGACGGCUGGUCGCCAUGACUCAGGAAGGGUUUCCCACAAUGGAUGGCAAGAACAUCUCAGUAAAGGCCUAUCUGGCACUGGAAGAUGGCAACCAGGAGAUCCGCCGGUUUGGCCUGGACAGCUCAGCUGCCACCAGCUUCUCCUAUCUGCAAGGCAAGCUGCAAGUGGUGUUUCCGAGCCUACUGCGCCAGCAGUUCAACAUCCGCUGGGAAGAUGCUGAUGGUGACGCCAUCACGAUCAGUUCUGACGAGGAGCUGCUGGUGGCGCUGGUCAGCUGCCUGCAGGUGGCAGGCCAGCAGACACUGCGCCUGCACGUGGUACCCACCGGCCGGAGCCGGCAUGCUGCUGCUGCCGCCACUGCCGCUGCUGCUGCUGACACUGAUGCAGCCGACGGCCCCAUCCACCGCGGCGUGUGCUGCGACGGCUGCGAGCAGACCAUCUGCGGCCACCGUUACAAGUGCAUGAGCUGCGACGACUAUGACUUGUGCGCUGGCUGCGAGGCGCGUGGCAUGCACAAGGAGCACCUGAUGCUGCGCAUCCCCAGCCCAGAGCAGGUGUGGCAGCCGGUGUUCCGACACGGACGGCGCAGCGGCCGCCGCGCCGGCCACUGCACCGCCUGGGGCGGCGGCAGAUGCGGCUGGCCGGCCGGCAUGAGCUGCCCGGGCGGUCGCAGGGCCGGGCGCGUCCCCGAGGAGCGCGCUGCGGUGCCUCCGUCUGCGGCGGCGCCGCCCCCAUCCGGAGAGGCGCCCGCGUCCGGCGCUGAACAGCAGCAGCAGCAGCAACAGAAGCAGCCCAGCAACUUCUUCGAGGCAAUCCACUCGGCCAUGUCGGCACUAGGAGGCUUCGGGCCUGAGGCGGACCCCGCCGGCGCCGCCGCGGCCGGCCGCUGGACGGAGAAGAGCCUGGAGGAGCUCGGCCAGACCAUCGCGGCCGUGCUCGACCCGUUCGGCAUCGACGUCGACGUCGGGGUGGAGUCGCGCCAGAAGCGGCCGCCGGUCGCGUCCGACUCAGCUGGCCCGCUGGACCCGCGCAUCCAGCGCGCGCUUGACAUCAUGUCCGCCAUGGGCUUCUCCAACGACGGCGGGUGGCUGACGCAGCUGCUGCAGGCCAAGCAGGGCGAUAUCGGCGCCGUGCUGGACGUGCUGCAACCUGUUCGCCCCCCGCCCCGGCCAGUAGAGUCCCGUCGACCGCCACUCGAGGCCUCCGCCCCACGAGAGGUGUGCAUCGCUUUAGAUGUCGGUCAAGUUGUACCGCUGCCGUGUUACUGGCUGCCACAGAGUUUGUGGUAUGUCAAGCUUGAUGUCUAUGUAACAGACUGCUGAUGCGAGGCGUGGUCUCCAGGUUAUAGCAGGUGGACAGGUUAGCACACUACGUGACCAUUUUUUUCUCAAUGUAUCGCCGCAGGAAGUUACGUCGUUUAUUCCCUGACAUAGACUCUUACGGAUCGGGCUGCACGCCGGUGGUAGGCUGUUAAUUGAUAUGCCAAGUUUAUCCAAAGACUUGCAACGAACGAGGGAGAUGACUACGCGAUUCGAUGUUCCCCGUUGUGUUAAUCGCUGAGUGGAUCACAAUAAAUAAAAGCCUUCAGCACA